AUGACGUUUGUUCCGCGUGUGAUCCACGCUAUCUGUCAGCUCACAUAUGUAAGUCCAAAGGUGAAGGCAGCACGGGAGAUUAGGAAGGAGCUUGCAGAAGAAGAAGAAGAAGAAGAAGAAGAAGAAAUGUGGGCCAAGGUUUUGCUCACCUUGUGGUCUCUCUGCGGUUCAGUUUCUGGCCAGACUGCAGUGGAGAAGGAGGCCCAGGAGUUCCUGCAGGUCUUCAACACGCAGGCCAGCUCUGAGAUGUACCAGUACUCUUUGGCCUCCUGGGCCUACAACACCAACAUCACCAACCACAACUCUGACAGACUGUUGGAGCAAGGCAGGAUUUGGGGCGAGUUCUACACCCGGAAGUCGGAGGAGGCUCGGAGGUUCAACAUCCAGGACAUCAAAGACCCUCAGAUCAAGUUGCAACUUCUGGCUCUGCAAGACAAAGGUGCAGGUGCUCUGUUGCCUGCUGAGGGACAACAUCUGAGCACCAUCCUGAGUGAGAUGAGCAACAUCUACAGCACAUCCCGAGUGUGUCUGAAGGAGCAACCAUUCGACUGCCAGACUUUGGAACCAGGCCUGGAGGAGGUGAUGGCCAACAGCCGAGACUACGCUGAGCGUCUGCACGUGUGGGAAGGAUGGAGGAGACAAGUGGGCCAGAAGAUGAGACCUUUGUAUGAAGACUACGUCCGCCUGAAGAACCAGGCGGCCAAACUCAAUGGGUUUGAGGACUAUGGAGCUUACUGGAGGUACAACUAUGAGACUGUUGAGGAAGAAAGUCCAUACGACUACACACGCCAGCAGCUGAUGGAGGACGUACGCUCCAUCUACAAACAGAUCCUGCCUCUGUACAAGGAGCUGCAUGCCUAUGUGAGGGCCAAACUGACGGAGGUGUAUGGAGAUCAGGUCCAGGCUGGAGGUCCACUGCCUGCACAUCUCCUGGGAGACAUGUGGGGAAGGUUCUGGACCAACCUGUAUCCUCUGUCACUCCCGUAUCCCGACAAGCCUGAUAUCGAUGUUAGCAGAGCGAUGGUGGAGAAGGGCUGGACUGAGCGUGGUCUGUUUGAGGAGGCCGAGCAGUUCUUCGUGUCAGUCGGUCUGUAUCCCAUGUUGGACUCCUUCUGGAACUCCUCCAUGCUGGUCAAACCUGACGAUGGACGCCAGGUGGUGUGUCAUCCUACUGCCUGGGACAUGGGCAACAGCCAGGACUUUAGGAUCAAGAUGUGCACCCAGGUGAACAUGGACCACUUCCUGACAGUGCACCAUGAGAUGGGUCACACUCAGUACCAGAUGGCCUACAGACAUCUUCCUUACCUUCUGAGGGACGGAGCUAAUGAAGGUUUCCAUGAGGCUGUUGGAGAAAUCAUGUCUUUGUCUGCUGCCACACCCAAACACCUCAAGGGCCUUGGCCUCCUGCCCUCGGACUUCACCUAUGACAACGAGACGGAGAUGAACUUCCUCCUGAAACAAGCUCUGACGAUGGUGGCCACGCUGCCCUUCACCUACAUGCUGGAGGAGUGGAGGUGGCAAGUGUUUGCAGGGAAGAUCCCGCACCACCUGUGGAUGGAGCGCUGGUGGCAGAUGAAGAGGGAGCUGGUCGGUGUGGUAGAGCCGGUGCCCAGAGAUGAGACCUACUGUGACCCCCCCGCUCUGUUCCACGUGUCAGGAGACUACUCCUUCAUCAGGUACUUCACAAGAACCAUCUACCAGUUCCAGUUCCACAAGGCACUCUGUCAGGCUGCCGGCCAAUCAGGUGACUUGUCCUCCUGUGACAUCACGGGGUCCACAGUGGCGGGAACUAAGCUCAAGAACAUGUUGAUGUUGGGCCGGGCUCAGUCGUGGACCAGAGCUCUGCAGAACAUAUCUGGAGACACCAAGAUGGACGCCCAGCCUCUGCUGGACUACUUCCACAAACUCUACCAGUGGCUCAAGACCGACAACAUCAAACACAACCGCUCUGUGGGAUGGGACGCCGCCAUCGACCCCUAUUCUGACUAUGGCAUCAAAGUGAGGCUGAGUUUGAAGAUGGCCAUGGGUGCUGAUGCUUAUUCCUGGAACACCAACGAGUUGUUCCUGUUCAAGUCCAGCGUGGCGUACGCUCUGAGACAACACUUCAGCCAGCACAACCACACGCUUCUCUUCACAGCCCAGAACAUUCUGACCUAUCGACACACCCCCAGGAUCUCUUUCUACAUGGUAGUCACCCACCCUCAGAGGCCGGCGGAGUACGUCCCCAGAGAGGACGUGAAGGCGGCCAUACGAUCAUCCCGAGGGCGGAUCAACGAUGCGUUCCAACUGGACGACAAGACUCUGGAGUUCGAGGGCAUCCCUGCCACCCUCUCCCCCCCUGUGGAGCAGCCGGUGGAGGUGUGGCUGGUGGUGUUCGGCGUGGUGAUGGGCUUCGUGCUGCUCAUGGGCCUCGUCCUCAUCGUAUCUGGCGUCAGAGACCGCAGGAAGAAGUCCACAACCACGGGAGUGGAGAACCCUUACGAGCCCGAAGGACAGACCAACAGAGCCUACGAAGAUGGUGCUGACGAACAAACCGGACUGUGA